AGCAAGAAGAUAAAUUUGCAGGUUUGUGGAAAUUUCCUUCAAUUUAGUUUUUGUCCGCAAUUUCCUAGUAAAGUGCUGACUAAUAUCGAUAAAUAUUUAGCUGAAGAUUCAAGAUGCAAGUAGUGUAGCCAAUGAGUAACAUGUACGUCAUCCGUGCAUCACUUGAAUAGCUCUCCGCUCUUAUCCUACAUCCCACGCGGAAAUAGAACAGCUGCUUCGAUUAUGCACUGCGCUCUGAUCAGUCCUUUAUGUGCAACGUUCAAUCAAUUUAGGCUUAUCCAGCAGUCAUGGCCCCCGAUAAAAAACAAAAAGGACGGAACAAGAAAAUUACGUUAGUUCAGAGCUCAAAAAAAGACGAAAAGUCGGUAACUAACGGAACUUCUAAUGGAUCGACUGAAAUGACCGAGGAAGAGGCACUUUGUGCUAAACUCGACGAAGAGGCAAGAAUUAACGCAGAAGCAAGGGCAUGUACUGGUUCACUAGCCGUCCAUCCUCGCUCGCGCGAUAUAAAAUUUGCCAAUUUUUCGAUUACGUUCUUUGGAUCGGAAAUGCUUCAGGACACGAUGCUGGAGUUGAAUUGUGGCCGACGCUAUGGCUUGCUCGGUGCCAACGGUUGCGGCAAAUCUUCUCUUCUAGCAGUGCUUGGCAACCGCGAAGUACCAAUUCCAGAGCACAUCGAUAUCUUCCAUCUUACCCGUGAAAUCCCGGCUAGUUCCAAAAGUGCCCUACAAUGCGUCAUGGAGGUAGACGAGGAACGCAUCAAGCUGGAGAAGAUGGCCGACCAGUUAGUCGAACAAGAAGACGAUGAGUCUCAGGAGCGGUUAAUGGAUAUCUACGAUCGUCUCGAUGAGAUGUCAGCAGAUGUAGCCGAAGCGAAGGCGUCGCGAAUUCUGCAUGGUCUCGGUUUCACAAAGCAAAUGCAAGCAAAAGCUGCCAAAGAUUUUUCCGGAGGUUGGCGAAUGCGAAUUGCCUUGGCUAGAGCUCUGUUUGUGAAACCACAUCUGCUACUACUUGAUGAACCGACUAAUCAUCUCGAUCUGGAUGCUUGCGUAUGGUUGGAAGAAGAACUGAAAACCUAUAAACGAAUUCUGGUCAUCAUAUCCCACUCGCAGGAUUUUCUAAACGGGGUUUGUACCAAUAUAAUUCACAUGACACAGAAACGGUUGAAAUAUUACACGGGUAACUACGAACAAUUUGUGAAAACUCGUAUGGAAUUGUUGGAAAAUCAAAUGAAGCAAUACAAUUGGGAACAGGAUCAGAUUGCACAUAUGAAGAACUACAUUGCACGAUUUGGUCACGGUUCCGCAAAGCUGGCUCGUCAGGCACAAUCGAAGGAAAAAACACUUGCUAAAAUGAUGGCCCAGGGACUCACCGAAAAGGCUACCGAUGACAAACAGCUGAACUUUUGUUUCCCGUCUUGUGGUACAAUUCCACCGCCCGUGAUUAUGGUGCAAAAUGUUAGUUUUCGCUAUAAUGACAGUACACCGCACAUCUACAAAAAUCUUGAAUUUGGAAUCGAUCUGGAUACCAGAUUAGCGUUGGUCGGUCCCAAUGGUGCGGGCAAAAGUACACUGCUCAAGCUGCUAUACGGAGAUCUUGUGCCUACAUCGGGAAUGAUUCGUAAAAACUCCCACCUUCGCAUUGCAAGGUAUCAUCAGCACUUGCACGAGCUGCUUGACAUGGACAUGAGUCCUCUGGACUACAUGUUGAAAUCCUUCCCUGAGAUAGUAGAACGGGAAGAAAUGCGUAAGAUCAUUGGUCGCUACGGCUUGACUGGGCGGCAACAAGUAUGUCCCAUUCGGCAACUUUCAGAUGGACAACGUUGCCGCGUUGUGUUUGCGUAUUUGGCCUGGAAAAAACCGCACCUACUGCUACUGGAUGAACCUACCAAUCACUUAGACAUGGAAACAAUCGAUGCGUUGGCCGAUGCAAUUAACGACUUUGAAGGUGGUUUGGUGCUUGUCAGUCACGAUUUUCGACUAAUUAAUCAGGUGGCAAACGAAAUUUGGAUUUGCGAAAACGGGAAAGUCACUAAAUGGAACGGAAACAUCCUGGACUACAAGGAGCAUCUCAAAAAGAAUAUAGCCAAGGAAGCAAACAUCGCUGGAAAAUAGACCCAGUACACGAAUAUUAGUGAUCAAAUUGAUAAUAUAAUAAUCAAAUUAAAAACAUCAAUUACGCAGUAUAUCAAAUACCCAGAUACGCAAAAGUUGCAAACGAAUUCCACAACAACAACAAAAACGCCUCGCGCGACCCGAUCGAGUAUUGAACAUAAUAACCUAUCCACCAUCAACACUCCAGUUUAAAUUAAUUUUAUUUACUAGGCAUCAACUUACUGAAUAAUCUCUACUCAAAGCGAAUCGAUUGCUUGUAAUGUAAAUUGGAUGCUGGCAAGAAUAUUUAGCAAACAAUGAACCUAUAACACUCUAUAGUUGCAACAGUCUUAUCAAACUAUAAUAGAUGAAACUAACCGAGAGAGGUCUGUUUCUCUAUAGUUAUUUAUUUUUACAACAAUAGAACGUGUGGUUUUUGCCUUAAGCAGGGAAACAAUUCCUUAGAGCGGAAGUUGAUAUUCUAGACAAGCUAAAUUUGGAUUGUAACUGCAUUCCGAAGGCAGGCAAAAGCAAAAAAAAUGUCAUUGCGCUGAUGUCACAAUUUAUUUCUUUUCAAAAUUAAUCAAAUCAAUAAAAAAAUGAGCCUCACCAUCCUGGCUA